CUCCUCAGUCUCCAGGACUCUUUACAGAACGGCAGAGCUGUCAAAGCACAAGACUCACUGCUACUUGCUGUUGGAUGCUGAAGCUUGGUGAGAGAAUAACUCGUUGGACGUUACCAUUGUAGCUGGCAGUGCGGCAACAAUCACGUGCUGCAAGAUUAUUGGAAAACUGGACAGAAAGUGAUAGUGUUCUACUAUUUUGAUAGCUACCACUUCUCUUAAACACAAGUUUUGUAACCAAAGCUGAUUGGCAAAGGCUUGGAUGACGACCACCAAAGUUGUCAAAAUGUGUGAGGAGAGGCGUGGGAUGAACCCCCUGGACCACCUUCCGCCACCUGCGAGUUCCAACAAGCCCUUAACGCCCUUCAGCAUCGCAGACAUCCUCAGCAAACCUACUGUCAAACGAGCUCACAGGAUUCACCGGCUUCCAGCAUCAGAGAGAGCCCGGCAGAGCAUCACUAUAUCAAGGCAGACUCUCAUCACUCAAACGUCGCCUCUGUGUGCUCUGCAGGAGCUGGCGAGCAAAACGUUCAAAGGUCUCGAAUUAGGCGUGCUCCAUGCAGCAGAAGGAAGGGAUGGGUUGACUGUGUUUGGUCAAAGGGACAGUCCUAAAAAGCGCCGAAAAUCUAGGACGGCCUUCACCAACCACCAGUUAUAUGAACUAGAGAAAAGGUUUCUCCAUCAGAAAUACCUGUCCCCUGCAGACAGAGACCAAAUUGCCCAUCAGCUGGGGCUGACAAAUGCGCAGGUCAUAACCUGGUUCCAGAACCGAAGGGCAAAAUUAAAGCGAGACCUGGAGGAGAUGAAAGCGGACGUGGAGUCGGUCAGAUCCACGGGUGUAGUAGUGCCUCUGGAUAAACUCGCUAAAUUGGCGGAUCUGGAGAGGUGUGCAGCUGGAGCCACGGGGCCCGAGUGCUCGCCACGGCUAGGUCAGGAGUACAAGAGAGUGCACAAAUUGUGUCUGUCCCCCAUGUCGUCUCUCUCGGACCACACAAGUCAAGACUACUCCGAGGACGAAGAAGUGGAAAUAGACGUUGAUGUCUGAUGUAAACCACGAUUUAAACUCUAAGACUCAUAUUUUAAGUUGCUACAGUGCGUAACAACACGCAUGCAUGAACAGAAAUGAUUGUAGUGUUUUCUGAAACUUUAAUUUAUAGCCAGAAUGUGUUCUCCUAUUUGUUCAAUAUGUUUGAGCUAGCAGCUGUAUAAUAAAU